AUGAGGCUGAAAGGUUCCUCUGCGAAAUCAUUACCUCGUGAGACGAGAAUCAAAAGAACAUUCAAUAAGAACGAUGAUGAAAUGCUCCUGAAGGCCGUUCAAGAGUCAAAAUUCACAGAUUGGAAUGAAAUUGCUAAGAAACUAGGAAAAUGGACAGCCCGCCAAUGUCGUGAAAGAUGGAAAAACUAUGUUGACCCUUCACUAUCCCAUGAAAAGUGGACUGAUUCAGAAGAUAGAAUUUUAUUAAAGAGAUUCGAGGAAAUUGGCACCAAUUGGGUUAAAUUAAAGCAAUUCCUACCUGGCCGAUCCGUAAAUAAUAUCAAGAAUAGGCUUCAAUAUCUGAAAAAUCAUAAUUUUUCUGCUUCAUCUACAACGGAAACGGAUGACGCGCCGAUGAAUGACGUCGAGUAUUACCUCGAUUUUCUCAAGAUUUCUAAUUUAGUUAAUGUUCAUUAA